GUUUUUAUUUAUGAGAACUGUCUUACUUCUCAUAGUAUUUAUUUUAACAAGAGGAUUUUUGGAAAUAAACGAGAAAUAGUAGAAAAGUCUAUAACAUUUAUUAAUGCAAGAAAUACAUGAUGGAGGUAAUUUUUAAGCUGCGGAUCCUAAAGCGAUUGCAAAUAUUGAUUUCAUUUUUAGUGGUUAUAAUUUAUUUUUUGGAAAUCCUAUAACCUGGAGAGAAACAUCAGAUCCUGGUUUUACAGGGAGAAACAUAUUUCUGACUUCAUACAGCAAAAAAUAAGUAACAUCAGAUGGAAGACAUAAAAUACCAGAUAAUUUGAAUGUGAUUACAAAGAAGGGAUGCAAAUAUAAUUUUGAAUCAUUUGUAAUAAAGAAUACAGAGCAAAUAUAAAAUUAUAUGAGCUCUUUUGUUGGGUAUGUUAUCUCUAAUAAUAUAGAGUAAAUUUAGUGUCUAAUAUUGAUAUUACACCAUGGGCAUUUACAGCAUCAUCUGAAUUCAAUCAUAUGCAAUAGAAAAUAGAGUAAAGUUCAGUUACAUUUGUGGUUUCUAUGGCUGCAUGUUAAAUAGCUCAAAUUACAUAAGUUCCUGAAUUAGCAGAAUUUCAUUAAAGUUUUAUUGAUCAAUUAUCUGCUUUACCAAUUGAAUAUUCUGCACCUUAAUAUUUGGAAUUCCUUAAUAAUUUUGGAACUCACUAUAUAACUGAUAUAGUGCUUGGAUCAAGAGUAGGUUAUGUAUAUACAUUACCUCUUGGAAUUGUUGAUGAUUUCGAUUAAAAAAAGUUUAAAGAAAUAGAUUUAAAACAAGCUGCCACUAUUACAUCUGCACUAUUAAAAGGAGUGAUAGGAUAACAGAUACUGCCAAAGGAAUAAGAAGCUAAGGCUUAUAGUGAUAUUUCAAAAUUAAGUUCAUAAAGUUUUACUAUUGAAAUUGGACCAUAGAGCACUGAAAAUACACCAAAAGAUUGGUUAAGAGAAACUGAAUUAGAACCUACUCCUAUUAAAUAUACUUUAAAAAGCAUAAGUGAAUUAGUAUUAGAAGGUAAGGGAUAGUUAUAAUCAGUCAAAGAUUAUUAAAAAAUUGGAUAAAAUUUAAAGUAAAUUAUAAAAUAAAUUAUUUAGAAAAGCCUUAACAGAUUAUUGCAAUUUAUUAUAAUUAUAAGGAUAAAGAAAUGGAAAAUGUGAAACUAAUAAAAGGGAAAUUGGAUAAUGGGUUGAAUCUAGAAAGGUUUGUUUGAAUUUUUUAAAAGAUUGUGAUUGGAGUGGUGUGAGUAUAUAAAUUUGUGGAAAUAGAAAUCCAAUAUAAAAAAUAGGAUUAGAUUUACCUGAAGUUUAAGCGAAUUCUGUUAAAUUUCAUAGUGAUAAGACAGUUAUUUUAGGAAUUAGUAAAUUCAAGAGAGAUAAAAAUUAAGAUAUAGUGAUAGCUUCAUUUCAUAAUGAUUAUCUUUUUUUAGAUAAACCAGAGAUAUGUUUAAUUAAUUAAGGAAUGGCUGCCUCUGCUGAAUAUCCUAUAUAUAUAACUGAUUCAUCUAAAUGUGUUGUUGUACUAUUAUGGAAUGCUUGUGAAGGUGAAGUAUUUUAUUUUACAUCUGUAAUUUGUAAUUAAAUGGAUUUUAUGAAUGCUUAAUUUGAAAUGUUAGGAUCAAUGGGAAAAUGUGAAGUAAUAAAAAAUAAUAAUAAAUAGAUUGCUUUAUUGGAUAUUCGUUAUCCAAAUUCUGCAUAAUUGAGAAUUUGUUUAUUUAAAGAACCAAAGCUAGAAGGAUAGAAAGCAUGUUUUACUAAUGAUAAUAAAGAUGCUUACUUUGGAUAAGAGUUUAAGAGUAUGAUGAUAGAAGAAAAUGAAGUAAUGAUUCAUAGAUCUAUGCCUGGAAGUAUUGCAAUUUAAUUUGGAUGA